AUGCUACCUCCUGCCUUUAACCGAGAAGAAUCCGCGCAACCUGAUCCAGAUGCAGCUAUACGUUUAACGGACACGGACGCUGCGUUGGCUCGUCUCUCAGCUGUCCAGAAACACUAUCUAAGUGACCCGUUCACUCGAUACUUUGCACCUCGUGCCUAUCUGCAGCCCUCGCGUCCACCACUCAUCAACAUCGGCACGUACGUGCGUUCCGAGGCAUUAGACAAGCUCGUCAAUCAAUGGCUUGAACUGUCAGAACAGCAAGGCCUUCCAUGCCAGAUCGUGAGCCUAGGAGCUGGAAGUGACACGCGAUUCUGGCGUAUCACGACAGGACCGAGAAAGUCAUGGUUGAAGGCAUACUUUGAGCUUGACUUUCCAGAGGUAACCACUAAGAAGGCGAUGGCUAUACGGAAGAGCAGGGACUUGAGCGCUGUUCUAGGCAAGCCGGAAGACAUUACAGUAGCAAAUGGAGGUACAGCUUUGCACGCGCCAACGUACCACCUGCUACCCGCUGACUUGCGACGCCCUCCUUCGGAGACAUUGGCACCACUCGCCUCGCUUCUGUCUCCUUCACAUCCGACACUGCUGUUGUUCGAAUGCGUACUUGUAUACAUGACGCCAACAGCAUCGUCCGCACUUCUUCAAUGGUUUGUCGACCACUUCGCCGGUGCCAAUGCAGCUGCACUGGGCGGACUCGUUUACGAGAUGUAUGGUUUGGAGGACUCGUUCGGAAGGGUGAUGCGGGCGAAUCUGCAAGCCCGCAAUGUCGUCCUACCUGGAGCCCAUCCGUACCCCACGCUCCAAUCUCUGCCAAACAGAUUCCUACAGCACGGAUUUACAACGGCGAACGCGUUAACUCUGCGUGAGAUACGUCGAUCAUAUAUUGAUCCCACUGAGCAAGAAAGAAUCUCGCAUCUCGAGAUGCUCGACGAGAUCGAGGAGCUCGAGCUCGUCCUGGAACAUUACGCCAUAACUUGGGGCUUGAAGGUUCCUCCUACGUCCAAUGCGAAAGUCGACUGGACAGAGUGGCGGCUUCAGCAGAGCCAUUAG